AGGGAUUGAUGCUUGAUCCAUUUUUCACUCAACCACACCUACAACGAUUCGCUUGCCGUGUCCAGUACAUCUCGUCCUCCAUCGCGCGCCCGGUUUUGCGCCCUCGUCCCUACGCUCUUUAACACUCCCCGCAGGCCUGCGUCAUGUGCGGGCAUUCGCAGCACUUGGUUCCCCCGACUCCCCGUCAGGGACGCCGUCGCAGUGCAGAUAUCGGGGGUCUGAGUCUUGCCACCAAGGAUGCCUCUCAUGGGCAGGGCUGGCUGGGACAUUCGGACGAACUGCAAACUCAUUUCGCCGAGUUGCUGAGCGACAUGUAUACUGAGACCUUGAAUGCGGUCAAUGACUAUGCCACUGAGGCUGGAGUCAUGCCUGAGCUAUCGGACGACUCGCGCGCCAGCUUGGUCUCUUCGCUCGACUCGUGGAACUUUGACCCACGCAUACUCCCAAGCGAAGACCAUGUCGCCAUCUGCACCGUUCUCAUAUUCGAUGCCAUCUUUCGAAUUGAAGGGAUGGAGGAGGCCGUCGGCGUCACACCUGCUCAAAUCCCUCGUUUUGUCCAACAUCUACGACACAUAUACCGCCAACAAAACUCGUACCACAAUUUUGAUCAUGCCUUGGAUGUUCUGCAGGCGACGUACUGUUAUCUACGGGCCUCGGAUAUGGUCCCACCCCUCAGCAUCAUUCUCGAGCCGCCUCACCGUAUAUGGAGGACAUCCCGCGGCGCCAAGGAUGGAUACUGUGCAUGUCUGUGCCCCACAGAUAUCUUCAUCCUGGCUAUCGCUGCCAUAGGCCACGAUGUUGGCCACCCUGGUUUCACGAACCAAUUCAUGCAGAACGCGUCAGCACCGUUGGCAGCGGUGUACGAAGGACGCAGUCCACUCGAACAGUUGCAUUGCGCGCUGCUGAUUCGAGUCAUGAGAGCUCAUGGAAUGGGUGCAUUGCUCGAGGGCGGUGAAGACCUGGAUGGCGAAAGCGGGCAGCGGAUCAAUGGCGGCCGAAAUCGCAGGCUGCUCCUUGAGACGGUGCUCGCCACCGACAUGCGAGUGCAUGAUGCCUUCAUGAAACGGUUUGCGGAACUCGUUUCCGGGCGUGGUGAACAAGGCUUAGCCCAUCGUCGUUUGACGAUAUGUCAGGCCCUGAUCAAAUGCGCUGAUAUCAGUAAUCCCUCGCGACCGUUCUACAUCUCCCAACACUGGGCUACCCAACUCCAGAGGGAAUGGAAUGCACAGGCCGCACUUGAGGCGCAUCACCAGCUUCCCCGAACGGUCGAGGACAGUGACCACCCACUUCGAGCGGCUUCGAGCCAGAUGUUCUUCAUUCCCACUUUUGUCAAGCCUCUGCUGGAAUCUGUCAGUAAAGCAAUUCCAGAAUUGAAGACGUGCACGACACAAUGUGAUCUCAAUAUGACGUUAUGGGCUGCGCGCUUGUCCCUGCUACAGGCCGCAGCUGAUGUUGACAACAAAGCCCCCACGACCAAAUCGGCGACGAAGCCCUCCCGACUUGCGCGCAGCGCAAGUGCCUUCAAUCUCUCGUCUGCCUUCAUUGCGAAGACCAAGCUACCUGCCCCGCCGAUUCCUCCUCCUCCCUCGCCUCUGGCGAGGAUUAGACAUAAGCUCCGGACGCGCAAAUCUGUACCGUUGCGGCCGCCCGAGGAUUACAGCAGUGCAUUCCCGCUCACCCUGCCUCCUCAGCAUGCGAGAACGCCGCCCAUCAGGGGCAGUGUCGGGUCGACGUUCUCUUGGACAGUUUCUGAGGCGUCCAAGACCACUCGAUCUGUGUCCCCCUCGGAGGAAGAUGCCGAAUCGGAGGCCUCCUUCACCUUCUCGCCGUCGAGUCGAGGGACCAGCCGAAGCAGUAUCGUGCCCGCGACACCUUCGGAAAGCAGCAGCAGUGAUGGGAACCACACGAUUGUUGUGGAGGACGGGACCGCGUCGAUCCGCGCUGCCGCGCGCACGGCCGGAUUGAGGGGCUGCGGCUCGCGGGGCGACCGAUACAUGCUCCACCGGAAUUCCUGGAGCCCGUACACGAACAGCGAGGGCCUGGACAUGGGUGAAUGGACUGCAGGACUGGGUGCUGCCGAGUACAAGUGGCGUCAGAGUCUCGCGCGAGAUCAGGUGCUUGCAGCUGGGCGGGAUGGAGGCGCGUCUGCACACCACAGCCAGCCCGAUCUCAACUCAACCCGGCCGUCACCGUUACAGGUCGUCAACGCGCGUUCGUCCCUGCUGUCCAACUAUGAAGUCUUGACACUGCUGCGCGAGCUCGAAAGCGACCACCUUGCGCGCACAAAAACGGCACAUCGGAUUAAGAAGGAAGAAGAAGCUGCGGGAGCAUCAAAUCUCAGCCGGGCAGGGGGUGGCAGGGAUCCCACCGUCGUAGAGGUUUCAGAGAACUUGAGAACAGUGUCAGUCGAGGCGAUCAAAUAUCUGUCCGCAGAUUACCAGCCGACGGGUCUGCAAGCUCCGGAGGCAAUCACCCAGCUGGUGAAGUCACUGGCUCCAUACGAUCUCACGAAAGCGGAAAUGUUGCAAAUCGUGAAUUUGGCGCCACAGAGCCAUAUCGAGCUUUACGUGAUUGUUGAAGAGCUCGAGGACAGACUGGCGGAACGAAUGGAGGAGGCGAUCGCGCACGUCAAACGGUCACUCGGGCAGGGUGGUGUACCCAUCGCCGACGCUGGUCCCGCAGCGUUCGCUCCCGUAAAGGCACGCUCGGAGAGUGGGUACUGGGACGCCGACGACGAUUACGUGGUGGACGAGUACGACGACAAGGGCGAGGGCGCCGGGGUGGAGGGCGACCUGGACAUGGACGACGACUAAUCUCUGUUGAUGCAUCUGUGCUGUAGUACGCGAUGUCACGCUGCCCGGGUGUUCAGGAGUUGUUUGAGUCAGCGGGCAGGCACAGGUGCCAAAGCAGGGAUUCCUGCAAUUCCUCCGCAGAACCAUGUUGUCUGAGUUUAGGAGAAGUGCUCUGCUGCAGUCUGUUGCGCUGGGCACAAGCUGUGUCACGCGUGGUUCUCGGGAUCGGCGAUCGGUGCAAUGCGUUUUCGGCGGCCUACGGUGCUCCUUUUAAGGAUGUCAAGAGCCCCUAUCACUUCGGCUGGUUUCCGUGGCUCUGCAUUUAUAGUCAAAGGCUCGGCCGGCUCCGCCAACGUUCACUACACCAUCUCUACCCCAAGAACCCCUCUGCGAAAUCUAUUGACAAGUCGCUCCCCACGAUCAUCUUUCUACACCCGGUCUACAUCGCCUCGAACCUCUUCGAACUUCAAUUCGCCGACCCUAAUCUGCGGCGAUUUAACUUGGUCGCCCUCGACCUGAGGGGCCACGGCGAAACAACGGGGAAGGUGCCUUCGACCUACGGACGUGAAGAUGCCGCCACGGAUGUCGCAAAGUUCAUGGAUGCUCUUAAGCUUCCCGCCUGCCAUUUCGUCGGUGUCUCAAUGGGGGCCUGCAUUUCGCUGCAGUUUGCCAUCUCCUACCCAGACAAGGCGCUCUCCCUCACAAUGAUCUCGCCUCUGCCGCUCACCGAGCCGGAGGACGUCGCCGAGGGUCGCAUGGAGAUCCACGACUGCUGGGUGAGGCAUUCAAGACUGGCGGGAAGGUCGAUCAGAGUGCAUUGCUCGAUUCCGUUCACGGUGCCGUGCAGCUUGGAUUCAGCGGCCGCGAGUCCAGCCUGGUCAGAGCACUCACCGCUUACAUCGUGCCCGAUGCUCUCCGAAACUGGGGGCCGGCUAAGCUCGAGGAGUACCGGAUCGCGACGGUCGAUUUCUUCGUGAAACGGACAGCGCAGACCGCCGCCGCGGUGAGCAAGAUCCGGUGCCCCAUCAAGCUUGUGCAUUGCGGUUCAGACAUCGCCUACGCGAUCGAGUACAGCGAGGAGGUGCUCACCCUGCUCACCGACAACGGCGUGCAGGCGCAACUCGUGGAGAUCCCGGGCGCCGUCCACUUUGGCAACAUCUCGAAUCCGAAGGAAAUCAACGCCCAUAUCUUUGACAGUGUCAUGCGCAACUCCCCGGGCAUGGCGAUCGCACCUGCACAAGCGGAGGUCACGUCGCCAUUUACCGCGAAGCUUCUGAAGCAUGGAUACAAGAGAAACGAGGACGACGACUCGGAUGAGGAUUAAGCGCCGCGGUGUGCCGGAUAACGAUUCCGAAUUGUUUGGGCGUUGGAUGCUUCGUUUCACGGACUAGAAAGGGAAUUAGGGGAUUUCAGCUACAAUAUCUGUACAUUUGCUAUUUGCUUCAUCAUUAUUUAUCUUCUGGGCCAGUCGCCACCCGAGACGAAACGAGAGACCCGC